CCCAAAGAUCACCUGCAGCAACAACCAUGCGGGUUGGGCUGGGGAUUGCGCCAAUAUCAUGCCACUUUUCCACGACGACAAAGACCUUCCGAUCCUCGACAAACAGAAGAACAAGAUCAUCUGUCAAAACACGUGCUGUGUCAUUGCCAAGCACAGAGAUGGAGUCGACGACCUCAACGCAGGUGACCUGGCCAGAUGGGGCAGCAACGCCAAUCUCUUCUGCAAUGGACCAAACGAGCAGACGUGGAUCCAGGGCACCGAAGAGGGAUUUAAGUCGCCAGGUGGGGGAACAUACAAGAUGUGUCUGAGCAACCACGAGUCGGCAAACACGUGCAAGUGAGACGAGUCCUUUGCUGGACAAAGCGCUGUCUUCUUCAAUACUUUCCUUUAGUAACGAGUGUGUGCUGAAUGCAACCCAAC